AUGGAGUCCAAGGUAGAAACAGGCCCUGCGGCGACAAGAAAUGAGGAUGCCUACUCGGUCUGGUGGGAAGAGCCAGCUGAUCGCGACCCAGAGAACCCCAUGAGCUGGUCAAAUGGUCGGAAAUGGGGUAUGAUUGCCACGAUAUCGUUCCUCUCUUUCUUGACGCCACUCGCAUCGUCAAUGAUGGCACCAGGAGUACCCCAAAUAAUGAAAGAGCUUGGAAGUUCAAACGACACCGAAGCAACCUUCGUCGUAUCCAUCUUCAUCCUUGGCUUUGCUUUCGGGCCCUUAUUCAUCGCGCCACUCAGCGAACUCUACGGUCGCAUACCUAUAUACCACGUCUGCAACAGUCUCUUUGUAGUCUUCUCAGCAUGCUGCGCUCUGUCGAAUGGAGUGCCCAUGCUAAUGGCAUUUCGUUUCCUGUCUGGAGUAUCUGGCGUGGCUGUCAUCACUUGUGGCAGCGGCUCUAUCGCUGAUAUGAUGCCACCUGAGCAGAGAGGCCGUGCCAUCUCCCUCUGGUCCCUAGGACCAUUGACAGGUCCCGUCGUCGGUCCGGUAUGCGCAGGGUUUCUUGUUGAGGCCAAGGGCUGGAGAUGGGUGUUCUGGAUCAUCACUAUUGUUUCUGGAGUUGCUGUUCCCGCAUCAUUCUUUAUCUUGCGAGAAAGUUACGCGCCAGUGCUUCUCGAGAGGAAGGCUAAACGUCUCCGUAAAGAGACAGGGAAUGAGCUGUAUCAGCCUCGAACGAAGAAGAAAGGCACCGCAAGAGAGCUCUUUCUGGCGGCUAUCAUCCGUCCAACACGCAUGUUCUGCCUCAGCUUCAUAGUGAUGGCGAUGUGUGUCUACCUCGCCGUGGUGUACGGUAUCUUUUACAUCCUACUUACAACAUUUACGUUCGUUUACAAAGACGCUUAUGGCUUCAACUCCAUAGGCGCUGGCUUGUCCUUUAUUCCUGGCGGUAUCGGGAAUAUCCUGGGGCUUGCUUAUGUCGGAGUUCUCAGCGAUAACUUGAUCAAGAAGCGCAAAGCCCAAGGUCUUGAACACCAGCCUGAACAGCGCUUGCACCCCAUCAUUAGCGUACCGACUGGUCUAGCUAUGGCGUUGGGCCUUAUAUGCUAUGGCUGGACUGCAGACAAGCAGGUUCACUGGAUUGCCCCAAUGAUUGGAACUGGCAUCGUUGGAUUCGGCAUGCUUGGUAUUUUUAUGAGUGUACAGACAUACUUGGUUGACAUGUACACGACUUAUGCUGCUUCCGUCACGGCGGCUAACACAGUACUGAGAAGCGUAUUGGGUGCCCUUCUUCCUCUCUGUGGACUACAGCUCUACGAUAGUAUGGGCUUGGGGUGGGGAAAUACGCUUCUUGGCUUGAUCGUGCUUUUUCUUGCGCCAUUUCCAUGGUUAUUUUAUCAAUAUGGCGGGAGAAUCCGACAGAGUCCUAAGUUCAGGACUGACUUUUAA